GUAAUGCAUCUUAUAGGCGCGCAGAGGCCCGAUGAGGAAGGAUGGCGGAGCCUGAGGACGGGAAGCGACGGUCGGUGACUUCUAACGCUGAGUCGGACCAAUCAGGACCUGACGGGAGCCUGGAUAAGGCGAUGCAGACAGAGGGCUCGUGCCUCCUGCGGAGGAUGGAGAUCUGCGUGUCUGAGGCGGAGAAGAGGAGCGGGAGGAACGCGGUGAGCAUGCAGGAGACCUUCACCGUCUACCUGCUGGAGACCAGAUCCAUGGAGGCGAUCGCUGAGGGCCUGAACCCCCCGCCUGACUGCCUGUGGAGGAGGUACAGCGAGUUCGAGCUGCUGAGGAACUACCUGAUAGUCACCUAUCCUUACAUAGUGGUGCCCCCCCUGCCUGAGAAGAGGGCAGAGUUUGUGUGGCACAAGCUUUCUGCAGACAACAUGGAUCCGGACUUUGUGGAGCGGCGCAGAAUCGGCCUGGAGAACUUCCUGCUGCGUGUGGCCUCCCAUCCAGUUCUCUCCAAUGAAGAGAUGCUCUACCACUUCCUCACCAAGGAGCACGGCUGGAAGGAGAUGGUGUUUGAGACGGGAUUUCAGGCAAAGGCAGAUUCCAGGCUUAGAGCUUUAAACGCCACCUUCAGGGUGAGGAGUCCCCAUAAACGCUUAGUGGAGAUGAAACAUUACAGCGAUGGACUCCAGUCGCACACAUCUCAGCUGCUCCGAGCACGAACUGUAAGUUGCUAUAGCUCCUUUUCUGUUAACACCAAUGGUCCUACGGUAUGUAUGUGUCUCUGCAGUGAGUGGAGCGCCAUUGAGAAGGAGAUGGGAGAUGGACUGCAGAGUGCUGGUCAUCACAUGGAUGCCUAUGCCACAUCCAUAGAUGACAUCCUGGAAGAAGAGGAACAUUACGCCGACCAGCUGAAAGAAUAUCUGUCCUACGCUGAAGCUCUGAGGGCCGUGUGCAGGAAACAUGAGCUGAGCCAGUUUGAGCUGGAGAUGGCCUCCCAGGACCUGGUGUCUAAGAAGCAGCAACGUGAGGAGCUGGCUACAGGGAUGGUGAGAACGUUCUCCUUGAAGGGGAUGACCAACAAGCUGUUUGGGCAGGAGGCUCCUGAGCAGAGGGAGGCCAAGCUGAACCUGCUAGAAGAGCUGAUAGCAGAGGGGGAAGAGGCUGUGAAAGAGAAAACAGCUGAGUGCCAGGAGCACGCCGUAAAGGCCUGGGCUGACAUCCUGCGUUUCAAGGAUCAGAAAGACAAAGACCUGCUGGAGGCGCUCAUCAGCUACGCUCUGAUGCAGAUCAGCAUGUGCAAGAAGGGGAUACAAGUUUGGAGUAAUGCAAGAGAAUGUUUCCUCAAGAUGUAGAGCUGAGGCCAGGCUGACACUUUCACCUGGUGCUGAUGAAAGCACAACACAAAGCAGCCAAAUCAGCAGCCUGGGUUCAAUGAGACAGAGGCAGACAUAGAAAAAGAAGCAUAGAUACAAAAGAUAUUCUGAUGCAUUGAGACGCGGCUGCCUGUGUUAGCUCAGGUAUGUACAUGUGUGCUGCAAAAUGACAAAGGAAAUCAAUCAGUUUGAUUGAUUCAGGGAAAUGGUUCAUUUUAGCUUCAAAUGUGGACAAUAUUUAUCUUUACGUAUAAUACAAAAUACUUCAUGUUUUAUUCCUUCAUUUACUAUAAUUAUUAUAAAUAUUUGGUGUGUGAGCAGAAAUGCUGCGUUUCAGAGGCAGAAUCAUAACUGUGAUAUUUAGAGCUGCAGUUUGGUUGUUUUGCCUGAAUAAAAAUGUCUACAUGUCUCCAUGCUGCGUCCUCCUGCACCAGAACAUGCCCUGUUUCACUGAACAUUUCCCAGGAUGCACUGCUGGAGCAGCGUCCCAGACGUCGCAACAUGUCACUCUGCGGCCUCAUAUAUGAGAUCUAUGAGACACAACCAACAAAAACAAGCAGAGUAAACUAGAGGUUUAUCUGUCCAGGAGGGAAUCGGCUUUAUUGCCUCAGUGAUACGAGAAAUGAAACCAAUCAUCUAAAUGUUCAUGUACAAAAUAUAGAAUAACUAAUAAUACAAAAGGGAAAGUGUCAUUGAUCAAAGAGAGAAAUGCCAGA